UGCUUGGUUGGUUGGUUGGCAGACAGACAGGCGGGCGGGUGAGCGGCUCUACUGUUUUUCUUAAGCGCAGGAAGCGUAGGAGCUGCUGGGCUGGGUGCUGAGCUGGCUUGAGUGUUUUCAACAGAAAGAUGGCGGGCUUGGAGUUUGCGCCGCUCAGGCAAUGGGACGACUUCUUCCCAGGUACUGACAGGUUUGCGAAACCUGACUUUGGCGACAUGGCCAAGUGGAACAACCGCGUCGUCAGCAACCUGCUGUACUAUCAGACCAACUACCUCGUGGCGAGUCUCGUAGUCUUCCUGGCUGUCGGGUUUCUAAACCCCCUGGGGAUGAUACUGGGGUGUACGUUGGUGACCGUCACAUUCAUUGGAUCUGUCUGGGCCGGAGAGAACAAAGCGAUCAUCAAGAACUUCAAGAAGAACAACCCCACCAUCUUUGUUGUUCUCGUUUUAGUUGCCAGUUACUUUCUCAUCUCAGUAUUUGGGGAUGUGAUGGUCUUCAUUUUUGGAAUAACGUUCCCCUUACUCUUAAUCUUAAUCCAUGCCUCUCUAAGACUCCGUAACAUCAAGAACAAAAUGGAGAACAAAAUAGAGGGCGUCGGUCUGAAGAAGACGCCGAUGGGAGUUAUCCUUGACGCUCUGGGGCAACAAGAAGAGAACAUCAACAAAAUUGCAGAUUUCAUUUCCAGCAAAGUCAAGGAGUAAUGAGUGGCGGCUUUUGGUAAGCUGACGCUUCAGUGGUGGCGAGCAGAAGGCCGAUGACAUUGAUGACGUCCCAGCACUCAGUUGGAUAAGCGAGUUCUGAGUGGAACCCUAGCUUUAAAAAAAAAAAAAAAA